GAAGAUUCCUCAAGUCUCGAACAUUUGAGGGAUCUUAUUGUUGAAGAAGUAAAGAAGACUGAAAGAAACCUUCCUCUCAUUAGUAAGAUGAUGCAGACCACAUUCGCCUUGCGGCGACAGACAAUAGUGAUGUCCUGCCCACCAGUGAAACAGCUCUUGGACCUGUGGCCUGCUCUUCGCAUGCAGUCUGAGGUGUUUGCAGAGUUCCAGCGGAUAACUAACCAGAACCUGUCUAACACAUUCUAUGCCGAACUUGAUCGCCACACUCCUCGUUUGAUGGCUUUAUUCCGACAAAAGGCUUCUAGAACUGGAAAGAAUGCAGAUGCUUUGGCUGACAUUUUCAAAGUCCAUGAUGAACAGGUAUUACAUGAUAUCCACUCAAGGCGUACCACUGUUCUCCAUGCCCUUCCUGUGUAUCUGCGUGAAGAUACCUCCGGAUUUUUCCAAACAUGUGUGGAUGGUUUGGAUGAGCCAGGUUUUGGGGAUGCGUCAGUUGCUCUCCUUACAACAAUCAGCGACAAUUCAAUGAGUCGAGUUCACUACCAACCAGAGAAAAUCUCAGUUGUCCUAGAGGGUGAAGUGGUGGCCACCCUCCCGAGACUCGCUGAUGCCUUUCUGGUAAUGUUCGGCCUUACCUAUGCACUACAUCUCAGCUAUCCCAAAGGACUGACCAACACCUUUGAAUUUGCUCAGAAAAUUUUACUUGGUCUGGAAGAAUGUAAAUUGUCACCCAGACUGCAGUCGCUGAAGAAUGACUUGAUGGGACAUGUGUAGAACUGGAAGAUCUGAAAAGCAAUAAUGGAAUAAUCUGGCUCAUUCAGUUAAGAGCCUAAUCCAUAACAAGAAUAUGUUACUGUCUGUGUUAGCUGUUGUUCAACUAUUAAUGUUAAAAUUGCUGCUCUAUAAGCUGUCAAGCACUUGUUGCUACCUCACUGGUUUGCAGCCAGAUGGCACAGCAUGUGCAUAUGCAAUUUUUGUGUUUACUUUAAUUGUUAACUCUUCUUUUUGAUAUUGAAAUAUUUUUUGUCCCAGUUUGUGAUGAAAAUGCAGAGCAUGAACGAAAAACAUGCUGAUGCCUUCUUGGUUACUUUUGGCCUCAUCUAUGUACCUCACAUUUCAGAUAUUCCAAAGAAUUGACCAAGACAAUUGAGUGCCUUAAAGAAUAGAGGACUCUGGAGUCUCACUGUUAAGAGCCACAACAUAAAAAUGUAAAUUGUCUGUGUUGAUUGAACUGUUCUACUGUUGAUGUUCAAAUUUCUGCUGUACUCUAGGUUUCUGGCCACCUUGCACAAAUUACACACUGACUUUGUAAUUUUACAUUUUAAAAUGAAACAUUGCCAUUUUUACGUAGAUGUUGAAGCAGUAUUUAUGGUCAAUUUUGUCCAUUCAAGCAAUAAUUUCCUCAGUGCUGCUAUAUUGAUCAAGAAAAAAGGAAAUGUUAUGGUCUUCCUCUCACAGAGCUAUGUAGGCUAUGCUCAUGUCCACAACAUCACUGUGACAUCACUAAUGCAGGAACAACAGAUUUAGCAGUUAGGGCGAUAUGGCACACACUAAGGAAUUUAUUGUGCAAAUUGCCUAUAUUUACCGGAAAUGCAGUGGCAAUGUUUCCUUUUAACAUUAUUGUGAAAUGGGUUGUAAUAAGAGUUAUGGUAGAUUUAAACCAAAAGUAGCUGCUGCCUUACAUGUAGACUAAAAGGUUUACAAAAAUGGCCCCAAUUGUGCCUUUGCAAUUGUUGUUUUUUAUGUAAAUGUGUCUGUUUGUUUUUAAAUAUUCUUUUUGUUGCAGUCUUUGCAAGACAACCUUUUGGAAGGGUAAAAAAGGCUAACUUUGAUGUUUGAAAUUGUACAAGUUGGUAGUACUAGUAGUUUUUGGAGUUUCAUAAAGUCAACUGUUUUGAUUUGCACUAAAUGGAAAUAUUGGAAAAUAUACUAAUAAACAUUGAGUUUAUUGAACACAAAAAUACUUGGUGUCUAUACUUUAAACUAUUCAGUUCAGCUAACUUAUUGCAUUGAGCAAUGUAAAUACAUUUUUUGGAGUUACCGUUACUGAACAUUUGAGGUGGCUUAUGGAUAUUUUUGAGUAACUGUUACUGAAAACAUUUGAGUUUGCUUAUGGGUAUUUUUAAGUUACUGUUGCUG